GCACGGGACGCCGGAAUUCUGUUCGGAAAGAUGGCGGCUCCAAGUGGUCUGUUUUCGGACUUGCGAGAAAUCAAGAAGCAGCUCUUAUGUGUGAGCUGGCUGUGCAGGGACAGGGGGCUGAUGCACAGCGUGAAAUGGGCAUCUGAAUUGGCUUUUGCAUUGGAACCAAUCCCUAUAAACGAGCUGCCUCCUACCCAAGAACUAACAGAGGAAGAUGCUCAGGAUCUCGAUGCCUACACAUUGGCGAAGUCUUACUUUGACUUAAAGGAGUAUGACAGAGCAGCGUAUUUUUUGCGUGGAUGUAAAAGCCAGAAGGCCUACUUCUUGUAUAUGUACUCCAGGUACUUGUCUGGUGAAAAGAAGAAAGAUGAUGAGACUGUGGAUAGCUUGGGUCCUCUUGAGAAAGGGCAGGUGAAGAACGAGGCUCUGAGGGAGCUGCGUGUGGAGCUGAGCAAGAAGCACAAAGCCAGGGAGCUUGAUGGAUUCGGCCUUUACCUGUAUGGUGUAGUUUUGCGGAAGUUGGACCUGGUCAAAGAAGCUGUGGAUGUGUUUGUGGAAUCUACGCAUGUUUUGCCAUUGCACUGGGGAACCUGGCUGGAGUUGUGUAACUUGAUUACAGAUAAAGAAAUGUUGAAGUUCUUGUCCCUGCCUGACUCCUGGAUUAAGGAAUUUUUCCUGGCGCACAUCUAUACAGAGCUGCAACUGAUAGAAGAGGCACUACAGAAGUACCAGAGCCUCAUCGAUGCUGGGUUUUCCAAGAGUACCUACAUUAUAUCUCAGAUUGCUGUUGCUUAUCAUAACAUCAGAGAUAUUGACAAGGCGCUCUCUAUCUUCAAUGAGUUGCGGAAGCAGGAUCCUUACAGAAUAGAAAACAUGGAUACGUUUUCCAAUCUGCUGUAUGUGAGGGGUCUAAAGCCUGAGCUGAGCUUUUUAGCCCACAACCUGUGUGAUAUUGACAAAUAUCGUGUGGAAACAUGUUGUGUGAUUGGGAAUUACUACAGCCUCCGUUCCCAGCACGAAAAGGCUGCGUUAUAUUUCCAACGAGCAUUAAAACUCAAUCCACGUUAUCUUGGUGCUUGGACACUAAUGGGCCAUGAAUACAUGGAAAUGAAGAAUACUUCUGCUGCCAUACAGGCUUACAGGCAUGCCAUUGAAGUUAACAAAAGAGAUUAUCGAGCUUGGUAUGGUUUGGGCCAAACUUAUGAAAUCCUAAAGAUGCCGUUUUACUGCCUCUAUUACUACAGGCGUGCCCACCAGCUAAGACCUAACGACUCUCGAAUGCUUGUCGCUUUGGGUGAAUGUUAUGAGAAGCUCAGUCAGCUUGUGGAGGCUAAGAAAUGUUAUGGGAGAGCAUAUGCGGUUGGGGAUGUCGAGAAAAUGGCUUUGGUUAAAUUGGCCAAGCUCCAUGAGCAAUUGAAUGAAUCUGAACAGGCUGCUCAGUGCUACAUCAAAUAUAUCCAGGAUAUUUAUUCAUGUGGGGAGAUAGUGGAACAUCAGGAGGUGAGCACAGCGUUCCGUUACCUGGCCCAGUAUUACUUCAAGUGCAAACUCUGGGAUGAAGCCUCUGCUUGUGCUCAGAAAUGCUUUAAUUUUAAUGAUACCAGAGAAGAGGGUAAAGCCCUUUUACGUCAGAUUCUGCAACUACGCAACCAGAAUGAAAGUCCAUCGAGUGAUCUCCCCACAACUGCUCCCUUCUUCCUGCCGCAGUCUGUUUCAGCCAGCAACACUCCCACGCGGAGAGUGUCUCCGCUUAACCUUUCCUCCGUCACGCCGUAGCAGGGACCCUGCAGCCAUCCUCAGUACGGGUGUUUGAUAUCAGGAGAGCAAUAUGAACUGUUUAAAUACAACUUCUAUGGAAGUUCGAAACUUCUUAUAAGAGCUUGUGUGGAGAAGACUCAAAGCAGAGAAGUUCCAUGGCUGGUGAGGUUUCUGCCGGCAAAGUCAAAGCUCUGGUCCCAAUGAAUAGAGCAGAUUUAAUAAGACCUAUCUGGUUUAUUCUUGGAUUUGUUAAUAAACUUUUUAUACUGUG